AUAAUUGACAGGCGAUUUCGUGAUUUCGAUUGGGGGAGCGGGUCUUAGCUUUUUGUAGGCUCUUCAUUCUUGAACACAGUGGUGCGAAUCGGACUGGGAAUCGGAGAGGCAGAAAGUGUAGAUUUAAGAAUGGGAGAUUCCGCAAAAGAGACCAAAUCCUUCUUGAGGGAGACGUUUUCGUUCCUUGAAAACUAUACACGGUUCAUAGAUCAGCCCCUGCCUCGCUGGUCGUCCUCCGAUGUGGACGAGUUCAUCGCCUUCGAUCCAGUUCAUGGCCCCGUCCUGAAAACUGCCAAGGAAGCAACAAAGUUUGGCAUUACAGGAAGCAUUAUCGGAGCUGUUUCAACUGCUGGUAUUGCUUGGAAAUACUCAAGGAGUCUGCAUGGUGCUGGGCUGUCCUUUCUAGCUGGAAGUGUUUUUGGUUGGACCUUUGGACAGGAAGUUUCAAACCACGCUAUGCAACUUUACAGGUUAAACACCUCUGCUGCACAGACUAAGUUCGUCGAGUGGUGGCAAAACAAAUGUGAGAGGCAGUCUUAACUCAACUUGCUGUUGGACUUAUUCUCAAAACUUUCUUUUCAGAUCUGCAAUAAUAAUUAAAUGUGCGCGUAGAAAUCUGAGGGUUUGCCUUUGCCUUACAUUGGAACAUCUCACCCCAAGUUAGAAGGUCAGGAUCAUUUGUAUUCCUUUUCUUGGAGAGAAUCAAUAAGAAUGCAACUUCUUACGGUUCAUGUUAAUCUUGGCAGUUUCUUUGUUCUGAUGAUGGAGAUUUUUGUUGUAGAGCCUAUGGCUCUUGGAUGACAUGCUAGUAGAAACAGGUUAUAAUGGGAUUGUAGUGGAAACUUAUGGACUGUGCACCCAGAGUUUGGUGCUUGUUUUGUUGGCUUUAAUAUAGAUCUGUUGGAUCUCGA